CGAUGUUUGACGCCUUGUAGCAUGGUGCAUUUGCCGCACAUGUUACUUUUAAAUGUUUGUAAUAUACCUGAAGGCAGGGUCUCUGACAAUUUAAAAGUCACGUGACAAUACGCCGACUUAUAUCUCUUUGUUAACAUACCUUUACCCCUGCUAAACGUUAUAUUCUACAACGAGCGUUUUGCUGACCUACGAUAUCGUUAAGUUAGGCUGAACCGACAGUAGCUGAUCCCUUUUUCGUGUUUCCUCGCCAAAAAUGAAGUUUACGUUCAGAAGUCCAGUCCGGUAAUACAGUUCUAAUUUUUCCUAUCAUAUAGUUGUACACCUCACAUAGUUGACAUAGUUCUCCCCGCUUCUUUGCGCUUAUAGUCGCUCUUACUUUGCCGAGCUGCGAACUCUUAGACAGUGCACUAGAUGAGGGGCAUCAAAAGAUCAGGAAGCGGCUCGUCCGGCAGCCCCUCGAGGUACGGAAGUACAAAAUCCAGUGGUUACGGGACCACCUCGUCUGGUUAUGGCAGUAGUAGUGGAUAUGGAGGCUACACGGGCUCCACAGGGACUUCUAGCUACGAUUCCUCCUACACUCCUUCCAGUUCCAGGACCCCGACUUAUGGUUCUGGUGUAGGGGGUUAUGGUAGCUCUAACUACUCCUCAUCCUACGGGACAUCUAAUUACAGCGCUGGAACAGGAUAUGGAGGAUCAAGUGCUAUCGGAAGAUCUUCAGCGAGAGAUUAUGACGCUGGGAGUAACGCUAAUAACGCGUACACUAGUAGUGCCUACACAUCCAGGGCAUCCAGGGACCGGAGCUCUGAACGCAGUUUGGACAACAUUUACACUCCCCGAGCUUCCCGCAGAUCGAGUGGAAACAGCACGAGUGAUUAUUACCGGACUGGCCUCAGAAAAAGUAGCAGCUACUCCGGACUUCAUUGGGCUCGCGAGGCAGAGAAGAAGGAACACAAAGUUGUUAACGUUAAUGAUAUGAUCUACAAGUCUCAUCGUAGAAACGGCUCCAACACCUCCAUUAACUCUGAUGUCUUUGAGGAGACAAAACCAGGUAUCACCAGGUCACGGGAGAGCUCUCUCAGGACGAAACCUGCAAAGCGCGAUUUAGAAGCUAUACUAGGGAAAGAGGAUCAUAUGUUAGUACAGCGAAUUAUUGAAGAGAACAAGGCAAUCAUUGAAGAUGCUCAUGCUAAGCUUACUUCACAGGAGGAGAAGCUGAUUAAGAAGAUAAUGGAAGUUUCAAUGACUGGCAACUCUAUCGACUGCCUGGAUAUACUGACGAUCAUCGAGUCUUGCUGAGUGUUACCAUGGUAACACUCAUGUUGCCAUGGUAACACGUCAUGGUAACUAAUACCCAGUGCAGUUUAUGACUGAACAUCAUGCUGUUGCCAUGGUAACACAUGGUAACACAUGGUAACAUAUGGUAACACAUGGAAACACAACAUCAUCCAUCGAAUUUCUUGUGCGAUUAGGAAGACGUUCCAAUGUCAGUGGUGUAAUGAUGAACUGAACUUUAAGAGUCAGAACUGUGUUGCUAUAGAAACUAAUAGCAACAAACGGUAGUAACUUGUCAGGACCAUAACAUGUUUCAUUUCGAUUUAUAUUUAAGUUACGAUCAAGACUUGUGAAUUUAAUCCGUGAUAUAUUUAAGUGAUUUAUAUUUUCAUUUUACCAUUUUGUACAUUUUUACCCUUGAUAAGUUUUCAUGUUGUUUUAGUGUCACGUGACCGAUUCCCGACCAAUCAGAGAGCUGUAAUGUCACGUGACUAAAAUGCAGCUCCCGUAGUUUUGUAGUUUCUGUGUUGAUAAAGGAGCAGGAUUUAAAUUCUAAUGUUUAAUUUUCUGGAAAAUCAUAAAUGUUAUAAAUUUGUUACGAUUCUUAAUUGAUAUUUUUUUGAUAUUUAUAGUAUGUCAUGAAUCAUUGAGAGGAAAGAGUAUUUCGUGUUACUAUGACGACUGUGAUACGUCCUGUAAUAGAGAGAUUGUUUCAAUUCACUCUGUUAUAUGUGUCAAUGAUCCGAGAGUUGAUUUAUAAUUUAUAAUUUCUGUUAAAGUUUAUACAAAAAAUUCCAUUUAAAAGAUUUUAAUCGAAUUUAAGCCCCUUCCAUUUGCAGUGUCUACCUCAAGAAACCACUAUUUACAAGUCUCCCUUUGUUAGACCUAUUCAUUCAUUAGAUUAACAAUGUAUCAUUAACAGUAAUGUUCAGGGCAUCGGUUCAGGGCAACAGUUAAUUAAAAGGAAGCAGUAUUUUGUGUCACAUGGAGAUUUAACUU